GGAGCUGAUAUAUAAAUUUUUAUACGAGUAGUUCGUUACUAAAAUUGUUAAAACUAUGAACGUAAUGUGGGCCGUGUUGACUUUUGUUUUGGUUUUAGGAGUAGCUGACACGGAAAAAAUAAAAAAUGAUGUUCACAAUAAAAUGCUUACUUACGCUGAUAUAUUGAGGGAUGCAAUUGAAGUUCAGCAGUGGAAUAGCAAUGAGGAGUGUCUGGGUGUUAUGUUGGAGAUUCUGGACAACGCUAAGAACUCCACGUUGUGGGCUGUUCAGAUUAUAGACUCACUUCAACCCCCGGUCGGUCAACUUUAUGGUCAAAAAUUCCAUUUUGGCAACUACGAUGAGUGUUUGAACCCCAACCGUGGGUUUCUUCCGCACCCAGAUGUACCCAACACCCAAUAUUGUUUGGUCGAUGUUACUCUGACAAGAUUUGAUGAGUACAAAAAACCAGAAGACUAUGUGUGGAAUGCCCAUAAUGUUACAACAGAAAAUUAUAUCAAGAAACCAACCAAGCACGGUCGAGUCCUGUCAUCUAUGUUUUUGGGUGUAUGUGUUCCCAAAUCGUGCCAAAUCUCCUCUGUAGCCAAAAUAACUAGAUCUAUACUGAGUAUCAGUCAUUUUGGCGCUUUCAGCGAUUCAGCGAGUAUUAAUUCGAUAAACUGUCAAAAUAAUGACACAAAAGAGGAUCUGUCAUCUUUAGGAUUUAACAUAUUUACAAAAGUGGUGCUUUUACUCUCAUUUAUAACUGCAAUUUGUACAAUCCUCUUGAAGAAUGAUAAAGUUACUCCUAAUACUUUUGUCGGUGAACUGGUGCGUUCCUUCUGCUUGACUCGAAAUAUAGAGAGUCUCACUACAGUCCGUGAUGAGGAAGUAUUCUCCAUCAACUUCCUCAGGGUAAUCACUUGCUGCGGAGGCGUCAUUGCACACUAUUAUAUGUUUACUUACUCAUCAUUCCUCUCUAAUGGAUUGUAUCAAGAUUCUUUGAUGGAUGAUUACGGGCGCUUCAAGACUCAUGUGGACGUACUUUUGGAGAAUUUCCUGGUUAUGUCUGGACUAUUGUUUACUCGAAGUCUCUUAAGCGACCGAUGGCAAAACCCAUUGAAGUUUAUUUGGAAACGAUAUAUAAGACUUGUAGGGGCCCUUAUUGCAUUAUUGUUCUACAUGGUGACCAUGUCAGGACAAGUAACCAACGGACCAGUAUGGCACAGAGCAUUGGAAGAACAGAAAGUAUGUGCUGAUAACUGGUUGAACAAUCUUCUGAUGAUGGGCAACUAUGAUAGUGAUAAAUUGUGUGUUGCGACAACAUGGUACGUUCCGUGUGACUUUCAACUCUGCGUUUUUGCUACCAUCAUAUAUGUUAUUUACAAGAAGAGCAAGACAUUUGGAAAAUAUAUCUUCAUCAUUGCGUUUGGACUGUCCAUCAUUGUCCCCGGCCUUAUUACUUAUGUAUACGAUUAUCCGUCUCAACUUUUUUAUGGAGUUGGAUCCAUGGUCGACCUCAAACUUAACGUUUUAUUUAAAAACCUUUACGUCAAAAAUUACUACCGCGCUGGUUCCUUUAUGACCGGAAUGGUCAUUGGGCAUCUCAUGCAUUUAUACAAACCAAAAUACCAUCGAAAUCUUAUAGGAACGUUCACCUCAUAUUUCUGCGUGGUGUCUGUCCUAGCUGUGGGUGUAGCGAUCCUAUUCUCCGGUCACCACCACUACCUCUACAACAGGCCGAUUUGUAACGCCAUCUAUGCGUCGUUAAACAGAACUAUCUGGGCGAUUGGCGUCUCUGUCGUAAUUGGUGUUUCGGAAUACGGGGAUCUUCCAUAUCUCAACAACUUCUUCGCGUGGAAACCUCUUGUACCUCUCAGCAGGCUCACUUACGGGGUAUACAUAUCUCAUUAUUCCAUCUUGCAGUUAUUUUUUUUUUCUCUACGUAAUACUUUCGCUUUGGAAUUGUUCACGCUGGGCCUGACGUCAGCAGGGGUCAUCGUCUACAGCCUUAUAGCCAGUCUUUUGAUGUGGCUGUUUGUAGAAGCUCCUCUUGUUAAUAUCAACAAUAUGAUUCUGGAUAAAACGUGGAAGAAAGAUGCGCAGUGUAAUAAAAUUAAAUGAGAAAAGAAAGAGAUAGAUGUACGUGCACGAGGAAAGAGAAAGAUAGAUGAUUGCCA